AUGAACGGCCACGCCAAUGGACAGUCGGAGCACCGUUUCGACGUGAUCAUCGUCGGCGCAGGCAUUUCCGGCAUCAACGCUGCCUACCGCGUCCAAGACCAACUGCCCGGCUUCAGCUAUACCAUUCUCGAGGCCCGCCACGACCACGGUGGAACCUGGGACCUGUUCAAGUACCCCGGCAUCCGCUCCGACUCGGACCUCUUCACCUUCGGUUUCGCGUUCAACCCCUGGAACCGCAGCAACCCCAUCGCCGAGGGCUCUGCGAUCAAGACCUACAUUGGCGACACGGCGCGCAAGUACGGCAUUGACAAGCACAUCCUCUACAAGCACAAGCUCACCAACGCCGAUUGGUCAAAUGAGGAGCACGUCUGGAACCUGUCGGUCGACGCCGACGGCAAGGAAAAGAAGUACACUGCGCGGUUCGUGAUCUUCGGCACGGGCUACUACAACUACAAGCAGCCUCUCCAAGCCAAGAUCCCCGGACUGGACGCCUUCAAGGGCCAAAUCAUCCACCCACAAUUCUGGCCCGAGGACCUGGACUACACCGGCAAGAAGAUCGUGAUCAUCGGCUCCGGCGCCACGGCCAUCACUCUCCUCCCUAAUCUGGCCGACAAAGCCGCCCGCGUCACAAUGCUCCAGCGCAGCCCAACCUACAUCCUCUCCCUCCCCAACCGCUCCGCCAACCACUGGCUCUCAUACAUCCUCCCCUCAGCCACAUACCAGCGCAUCCAGCGCGCAAUCUGGAUCAUCACAACACGCAUCUUCUUCCUCUUCUGCCAGAAAUUCCCCACCUUCUCCAAAUGGAUCCUCAAGAAGAACGUCAGCCGCCAACUGCCCAAACACAUCCCCUACGAGCCGCACUUUGCGCCCCGGUAUAACCCCUGGGACCAGCGACUCUGCGUCUGCCCAGACGGGGACUUCUUCAAGAGUCUCCGGGCGGGCAAGGCCGAUGUGCGCACAGACACCAUCAAGACCGUCGUCUCCAACGGCAUCACCCUGAACAGCGGCGAAACCCUAGACGCAGAUAUCAUCAUCACCGCGACAGGUCUCCAGCUCCAACUCGCCGGCGGCGCACAAGUCAGCAUCGACGGCAAGAAGUACGACCCGGGCUCAAAGUUCAUGUGGAACGGCGUGAUGCUGCAAGACCUCCCCAAUGCCACCUUCAUCAUCGGAUACACCAAUGCCUCGUGGACCCUCGGUUCCGACGCGACGGUGCAAUUCGUCACGCGGUUGCUCAAGACCCUCGACGAACGCAAAUUGAUUGCCGCAACGCCGAGACUGAAGCCCGCGGACGCGAAGAAUUUACAGGAGCGUCCGCUGUUGAAUCUGAACUCGACGUAUGUGACCCGUGCGCAGCGCACGUUGCCUCGCGCGGGCGAUAAGGGGCCUUGGCAGCCGCGGGAUCAUUAUCACAAGGAUAUCAAGUUUGCGUUGAAGGGGGAUAUCAAUGAGGGGAUGGAGUUUGUGGCUGGGCCGAGUUUGCGGUUGCGCCCGAAGUUGUCGUAG